ACCAAGCAGCGCGACCUGAUUUCUGCUUGUCUAGUCUGCCAUCUGGUGGAAAAAGGCAGUAAGUGCACGUAUGACCGCCUGGGUCCACUUUUUUUCUUCUUUGUUUCUGUCUCAAAUAAGCAGCUGCUACAAAGAAACCCCCGAACUGCCCGCUGCUGUGUUUUAUCCAUGCCGGCUCCCUUACAGUCCGCCGGGCUUUGAGAAACACGCGCUUUAGCUGCUGAAUGAGCUCUGUUAGUACAUGCCGACAUGGGGAGGUAUUUCCACAGCGAGGUGGACAUUAAGAGCCCGUGGCAUCAGGUGCUGGCUGCCUUCUGGCAGCGCUACCCAAACCCAUACAGCACCCAUGUACUCACGGAAGAUGUCCUAUACCGUGAGGUCACCUCCAGCAACCACCUGCUGUCCAGGCGACUGCUGACGAAGACCAACCGCCUGCCGGGCUGGGCGGAGCGGGUCUUCCCCAUGCACAUGGCUCGGGCGGUCUACGUCCUGGAAGAUUCUAUUGUGGACCCUCAGGCCUACACACUCAUCACCAAGACCUGGAACCUGAACCACAACACACUGAUAGUGAGAUGCGCUCUGAUUAGAUCACUGUGGUUAAUUAACCCCCCCACCCCAUGACAGAUAGGAUAGAGUUCAGAUCGAUGGUCUUAUUGUCAUCAAGCGAUUUCUCCCACUUUGAAUGCGGCAGUUUGCAGUUUGAGAUAACAAUCAGAAAAUGGCCACGAGCUGUGAAUAGCAUGAAAGCAUGAGAUCAUGGUCAUAAGAGGUGGAUGUAAUAGAGCAGACCUUCUCAAAGUGUGGGGCCAUUGCAGGGGGGGCGCGGUAUGAAAAGGGAGGGAGAGAGAAAACA